AUGGCAGAGGCACCGCAACCGUUGGCCGGAAUAAAAGUCCUGGAUCUAUCACGGGUGUUCGCUGGUCCGGUCUGCGGGCGCAUUCUUAGCGAUCUCGGCGCCGAGGUCGUGAAGGUCGAACCGCCCGAGGGUGACGUUACCCGGUUGUGGGGUCGCAAAGCGGCAGGCCUCAGUACGUACUACGUGCAGCAGAAUGUUGGAAAGCAGAACAUUUCUGUUGACCUGCGCCAACCUGGCGGGGCGGAUCUGAUCCGCAAGCUGGUUACCCACGCCGACAUCGUGGUAGAGAACUUUCGACCAGGUGUCAUGGCCAAAUACGGGCUUGACUAUGACUCGCUGAAGCAACACAAGCCCGAUCUGGUAAUGGCGUCGAUCAGUGGAUUUGGCCAGCAAGGCCCUGAAUCUGGACGAGCGGCCUACGCUGCGAUCCUCCAUGGCGAGGCUGGCGCCAUCGAUGUCAGCAACGGUGUCGCCGCCGCCCACGAUGUGAGCUUUAGCGCUGCCGACGUGCUGAGCGGCAUGCAUGGCGUCAUUGGGCUACUUGCUGCUCUGCGGGUGCGAGACCAGACUGGCAUUGGCCAACACGUGGACAUCGCGAUGAUGGAUGUCAUGACCUUCUCUAGCGAUGGUGCCCAAGCGAUCCUCGACGACGUUGGCCACGAGCCGCGAGGCGCACAGCUUUUCGAAGCGGUCGGUGGACCAAUCUUGCUGGCCGGUGAGACCAAGUGGUUCUGGCAUCAGCUCAGCAAGAUCCACGGGCUGGUCGACCCCGGUAAUCCUGAUCGUUCCGGGCCCGAGAAGAAGAUCGAUCGCAACCAGAUCAUCGAGGACUGGAUGAACGGGUUUGCGGAACGUGCGUCGCUGAUUGCAGCAUUGGACCAGGCAAAUCUGGCGUGGGGGAACUUGCGUAACCUGGGACAGGUUCUGGAGUCGCCCACCUUGAAGCACCGUGACACCGUCGCGGCCAUCGACAAUCGCGAUGGCGGUACCCGACCAAUCGUGAGGUCGCCGUACAAGAUGUCAGCCAGCGAGACACGCGAUCCGGGGAUGAUUGCCCUGCGCGGCGAGCACAAUCACGACGUGCUUACCGACUGGCUCGACAUGUCGCUUAGCGAUGUGGACCAGCUCAUGAGCGACAACGUCCUACUUCAGGACGAAUGGGCUGCGCAACUAGGGAACUAG